ACAAACAUUUCAAUGAUAGUCUUGAUGUUAGUGUCUGGGAAUAUUAAAAAGUUAUUAAGAUAUAAUCAAGAUGGUCACACCAAGAAUCAAGGCAAUAAAAUAUCCCAUUAAGCCAUUCUCUCUCUCUCUCUGCUAAAUAGCCGAACGCGUGUUCCUUACGCUCACAAACAACUUGGACUUUCCUAGACUGUCUUCGAUCAGUUUUUUGCUUCUGUAUUUAAAAUCUACUAAUCAUGAAAUUUUAAUUAGAAACAAGAGAAUAUCUACUCAGAACUAAUUUGGGGAAUUAACAAGUGGCAUUGGAGAGUCAAACACCAUUCAAAUAUCAUCUUCUGCUGGUGCCUCACAUUAUUAAAUAAAGAGUUUGUUUUGUAACUUCCAAAAUAAAGAAAUAUAAGAAUUGAAAUAAAUCUUUUACAAUGACUCCUCCAGACAGCCAUGAUAGCAUCAACUAUUACGAAAUCCUCGGACUCCAGAAAACCUGCACUCCAGAUGACAUCAAGAGAGCCUACAGAAAAAUGGCCCUCAAGUAUCACCCUGAUAAGAACCCCAACAAUAUCGAGGCUACAGAAAAGUUCAAAGAGAUCAACAGAGCCAACCAGGUGCUCAGCAAUCCAACGAAACGACAAAUCUACGACGAGUACGGAGCCAUGGGUCUUCGAGUGGCCGAUCAAAUUGGUGAGGAGAAUCUGAAGACGUAUUACAGACUCACCGGACCUUGCUGCAAGGCUUUAUUCUUCAUCUGCUGCUUGUUAACCGGCUGCUACUUCUGCUGUUGCUGUUGUUGUUGUUGCAACUUCUGCUGCGGCAAGUACAAACCUGAGCCACACGAUGAUGACGUCAACAUCCACGACCUCGAGGAGGAGGAAGGUCAAGCGUCGAAGAACAGCACAGGGGCUGCAGACGCUUUCGGUAAUGACGUCAUAACGACCCAGCCAACGGAAAAGUCGAAGAUCAAUAUGAAGGACGUUAGUGGUCCUCCUCCAGCCUAUGAUUCUGUCCACAAAUCAUAAUUGAUUUUUUCAGUGAUUGACAAACAGCCAACCAAUAACAAUCGAAGAAUUUUUAAAAUAUUUAUUUUCACUUAUUGAUGGUUGGCCUGUCUGUCAAGUUUGCUUGCUGGCCCUGAAUGAAGUUUUUGGUUUUAAAUUUAAAAACAAAUUUUUUUUGAAGAUACACAUACAAGCAACAAGCACAUAGUGACGUACAUACAUUAUACGUACGUACGUACGUAUAUACAUACAUACAUACACACACAUACACUGAUGAAAAAGUUGAUGGCAAAGAAAA